UCUCACAGUCAGUGGCCUUUGGCUUUAUUUAAACCAUAAAUGUAAGUUUUUAAACUCAGGUUCUCUGUUGUUUGCUGAUGCAAGGCUGUCUAUAACAAACAGAGUUUGAUCGUUGGAACUCAAGAACACAGACAUGUCUGCUGUGACUGCGUCGAUAUUCUUAACUUUGCUGUUUGUCGGAGUCUUCGUGUUUGUCUCUGCAGACCAGAAAACCAUCACAGUUGCAUCUGGACAGGACGUUAUUCUGCCAUGUCGAGUUCCAAAUAAAAAUACAAACAAAUUUGUACAGUGGAGCAGAGCUGACCUGGAGCCGGAAUAUUUCCUUGUUUAUCGGGAUGGGAAGUUUCUGCCAAAUAACCAGCAUCCAUCUUUUAAGAACCGGGUGGAUCUGCAGGACAGACGGAUGAAGGCUGGAGACGUGUCUUUGAUUCUGAAGCAUGUGAGCAGCGCUGAUACUGGAUCAUAUGUGUGUCGUGCUUUCAUGGAAGAAACACGUUCAUGGAAACCAAUCAGCAUCAUCAACCUGAAUGUUCCUCCAGACAUGAAAACCGUCAGAGCUGAGUCUGGACAGGACGUCACUCUGACAUGUCGAGCUCCAAAUAACAACAACAUCAAAUCUGUACACUGGAGCAGAGCUGAUCUGGAGCCAGAAUAUCUUCUUGUUUACAGAAAUGGGCAGUUUUUUCCAGAAAACCAGCAUCCAUCUUUUAAGAACCGGGUGGAUCUGCAGGACAGACGGAUGAAGGAUGGAGAUGUGUCUUUGAUUCUGAAGGAUGUGAACACUGCUGAUAGUGGAACAUAUGAGUGUCGUAUUUUCAUGGAAGAAACACGUUCAUGGAAGCUCAGCAUCAUCAACCUGAGUGUUCCUUCAGAUGAGCAGCACUUCAUCACAGCUAAUUCUGGACAGAUCGUCAUUCUGCCAUGUCUAACUCCAAAGAAAAACAUCAAAUUUGUACACUGGAGCAGAGCUGACCUGGAGCCAGAAUAUCUUGUUUUGUACAAGGAUGGAAAGUUUCUUCCAGAUAACCAGCAUCCAUCUUUUAAGAACCGGGUGGAUCUGCAGGAGAGACAGAUGAAGGAUGGAGACGUGUCUUUGAUUCUGAACAAUGUGAACACUGCUGAUGAUGGAACAUACCAGUGUCGUGUUUUCACAGAAGGAGCACGGACGUGGAAAACCAUCAGCAUCAUUAACCUGAGUGUUUCUCCAGACCAGAAAGUCAUCGCAACUAAGUCUGGCCAGAAUGUCAUUCUGCCAUGUCAAAACCCAGCCAACAAGAUCAAAGCUGUACGUUGGAGUAGAGUUGACCUGGAGCCAGAAUAUCUCAUUUUUUACCGUGCUGAGCAGUUUCUUCCAAAUAACCAGAAUGAGUCUUCUAAGCAUCCCGUGGCUCUUCAUGAAAGGCAGAUUAAAGAUGGAGAUGUGUCUUUGAUUCUGAACAAUGUGAACACUGCUGAUAAUGGAACAUACGUGUGUCGUGUCUUCACGGAAGAAACACGCUCAUGGAAAUCCAUCAGCAUUAUCGACCUGAAUGUUCCUCCAGAUCAGAGAAACAUCACAGCUGAGUCUAGAAAGAGUGUUAUUCUGCCAUGUGGAGCUCCAAACAACAAAAAGAUCAAAUUCAUACAUUGGAGCAGAGCUGACCUGGAGCCGGAAUAUCUACUUGUUUACCGGAAUGGGCAGUAUCUUCUAGAUAACCAACAUCCGUCUUUUAAGAACCGGGUGGAUCUGCAAGACUUACAGAUGAAGGAUGGAGACGUGUCUUUGAUUCUGAAAAACGUGAAUACUGCUGAUGAUGGAACCUACCAAUGCCGUGUCUUCAUGGAAGAAACACGCUCAUGGAAGCUCAGCAUCAUCAACCUGAAUACUUCUCUAAAUGAGAAAAACGUCACAGCUGAGUCUGGACAGAACAUCACUCUGACAUGUCAAGCUCCAAACAACAACACUGAUGUUUUGGAGUGGAGCAGAGCUGACCUGGACACAGAAUAUGUGCUUUUGUACCGCGAUGAGCAGUUUGAUCCAGACAACCAGCAUCCAUCUUUUAAGAACCGGGUGGAUCUGCAGGACAGACAGAUGAAGGAUGGAGACGUGUCUUUGAUUCUGAAGGAUGUGACGAUUAAUGAUGCUGGAACAUAUGACUGUCAUGUCUUCAUGAGAGGAACAAACCACAAGAACAGUAAACCCAUCAGCAGCAUCUACCUCAGGGUUGUCCCUCCAGAUCAGAAAAGCAUCACAGCUGAGUCUGGACAGGACGUCACUCUGACAUGUCGAGCUCCAAAUAAAAAUAUCAAAUUUGUACAUUGGAGCAGAGCUGACCUGGAGUCAGAAUAUGUCCUUGUGUACCGAGAUGAGCGAGUUUUUACAGAUCACCAGCAUCCAUCUUUUAAGAACCGGGUUGAUCUGAAGGACAGAGAGAUGAAGGAUGGAGACGUGUCGUUGAUUCUAAAACGUGUGACAAGUGUGGAUGAUGGAACAUACAAGUGUCGUGUUUUCAUGGAAGAAACACACUCAUGGAAGCACAGCAUCAUCAAUCUGACUGUCCCUCCAGACCAAAAAACCACUGUGGUUAAGUCUGGACAGGACGUCACUCUGACAUGUCGAACUCCAAACAGCAUCUUGAUCACUGCUGUGAAGUGGAGCAGAACUGACCUGGAGCCAGAAUUUGUCCUUUUGUUCCAGGAUAGUUUGUUUGUUACAGACAACCAGCAUCCAACUUUUAAGAACCGUGUGGAUCUGCAGGACACACAGAUGAAAAAUGGGGAUGUGUCUUUGAUUCUGAAGGAUGUGACAACUGCUGAUAGUGGAACAUAUGAGUGUCGUAUCUUCAUGAGAGGAACAAACCACAAGGACAGUAAACCUAUUAGUAGAGUCACGCUGAGUGUUGUUCCUCCAGGUAAGGCAGGAGGAGACACAGAGGAUGGAGGGAAGAAGGAUGGAUCUGUUGGGCUGAUCGUUGGUCUAACUGUUCCAGCUGUGCUUCUUGUUGCUGUUGUUGGUAUUUUGAUCUACAAAAAAACACAGUUUUGUGGCUCUGUUGUUUAGUAGCAUGUUUGAAAUGUCUGAGGUAUUUUACAGCUGAACUCUGAGUCUCCUGCUGCUGUUGUCAGUUUCUUGAUGUACAGAAAACAUAAACCAACUCGAGGUUCAAAUGAGCCUCUUAAUUCUUAACAUCUGAAUUGUGAGUCAGACGAUCUGAGGACAGAUGGAAAUGAACUAUCCUGAACAUCCAGCAGAUGGCUGUAGACAUCAGACGUCUCUGCUUAUCAUCAUGUUCAGACUCAGACCAACAGUGUGUGUCUGUGCUGUCUGUCAGUGACUCUGAACUACAGUUUAUUCAUCUUCAGGCUGUUCAUGAGAUAAAACUGUGUCACAAACAUGAAUGAAUUUAUGUGCUAUAAUCUCAGAAUCAAUUAUAGUUUUUUGUGUGUAGAUGAGGUCUGGUGGAUUAUAGAUGAUCAAUAACUAAUCUGAUAGUUUUAAGGAAUUAAUCAGCUACUGCAGAACUGUUGCCUAAAUUGUGGGUGUUUAAACCCGUAUGGAAAAGAAAUAGAAAAAAACUUAUAAAAGACUUGCAUGUGGCCUACUUCAUAUAGUAAAUCAUAUAAGCCUUAUAUGAUUUACUCAUGAAAGUGGCCACUUUCUCAUUACUUUCUAUAUUGUUUUAGUAAGUAUUCAAAACAUACACGUUUCAUUUAGAUAAUUUUUAAGGGAUCUUAUAUCUGUUUUCACUCUUGUAUGCUUUUCAUAAAAGUUUCACACAAGACAGAUACAAACUUUAUAAGAUUUAUAUAUAUAUAUCUUUUCCAUAUGGGAAGGUUGUAUAAAGUCCGUUAAGGUUUAAAGUUAGUAGAGCCCUUUAAUAUCAAUAUAAAACUUUUUCCUUCUGUCUGUGACUCUGCCAAACAUACAUGCAGAGCAGCUCACAGUUGUGACCUUUUUAGCAGCUGAAAGUAGCUUCUUAUUUAUUUGAUGUUACAAAAUUUUUGAGUCAACACUCUUAAAAAAAUCCAUCUCAUUCAGUUUAACAGCUUAGAGCUUACAGUUAUAUGAAACUUAACAUUUGUGUAUUGCAGAUAUUUCGCUGAUCCUGUACUGUGAAGCUUGACAACCUCCUGACGUUUGUUGCAGGAAGCGAAAAAAUGUAAAAACAAAACUGGUCAUUUAAUCCUAUAUUCCUUAUUUUUAACUUAAAUUUUCUCGAUUACUAAAAAAUACAUGAAUACCUAUUGUUUUGAACAUUAUUUCCUCUAGGAUACAUUAUUAAUGUAAUAUGUAAUAAAUGUAAACAGGUUAAACUCAUUAUGACAGGGCAGACAGUUGCUAUGGGAACACCAAAAACGCCAGGAAGAACACUGAAAACUGUGUAAAGACACUAAAGGGGUCUCCAAAUUCAUGGGCUGCAUUCUCCUGAGGAUCCGGCCUUCGUGAUCUACGUGGGCUGGGCACUCAUCAGGCCAUGUAGGCCACAUGUGAGCGACUGUGGAGUUGGUUUAGCCUGCAGAUUUGCGUCACCAGCUGUGUCGGGCUAUACGUUCACGCGUACACAGGUAUUUUUGAAACUGGAGAUUUUCCGUUUUUGGGUUUUUUUUGGGUUCUUUUAAUCCCGUCUACACGUGCAGUUUUGGAAAAAUAUCUCUGUCCACAUGUAGACACUUAAAACUGAGUUUUUUGAAAAUCUCCACCCUGGCAGGAGUUCUUAAAAAUCUCCGCUUUCACUGAUCCUUUCAAUUGUGUAAUUUAAGUGAUCUAGGUAGCUCUGUUUUGGAAGUUCAGUUAACGCUAGAAAUGUGUUUUGGAGUUUGUACGUGCUUUGUCUCUAGGGGCCACCACAUAUAUAAA